GGGGCUCUAUAGUGUGGUUGGAUUAAUAUAAAUUAAAUAAUAGCUCAUAAUGUGAGUCUUGACACAGACAUCUGCUUCUCACGGUUAAAAAAAAGAGGACAUCCUCUUGCCAAUGGCUGAAGUCUAACCCAUGUGCAGACCCGUUUCUGGCGGUUCGUUGUUUAUUUCGUCAUGAUAACCAGUUAUUCGGUGAUCAGAUAGACAUCUUGCAAGAUGAUUUUUUUUGGCUUCUUGGUGAUUUUGACGUCAGUCCAAGCUGUGUCUGUGCCUACCUUCUCCCCCGUGUAUGAGCUGAAGGUAGGGUACGGAGACAAUGUCACCCUCCCCUGUGACUUUUCCUCCUACCUGGGCCAGGAGGAUAAGGGGGAGGUCCGCUGGGAGGCCAUGGGGCAGGAGGUGGCCUCUAUGGAGGUUGGGAACAUCCUUGGUGAGGCCAGAUGGGACGACGGGGCCAAGGGGGUGGAGGUCAAAACGACAAUGGGGUUCUCUUCCCGGGUGGAAUUCCCCCCAGCAGAGAGGAUGAGAGAUGGAGACUUCUCUAUGACCAUCCAGGAGACAGUGCUGAGCGAUGAGGAAAUGUAUGAUUGUAUCUGGCUGGGCCGCAAGACCAUCUCUACGCUCUGGCUCAAGGUUCAGGAGCCCGACCCUCCACGCUCUAUCACGCUGUUCAAGGGAAGCCCGGUCACUCUGCCCUGCUACGGUGUCAUCCCCAAGACCCAGCCCACCAGCCAGAUCUACGUCCAAUGGCUGAAGGACGAUGUGGAGAUCAUGACCCUUAACCCUGGCCCAGACGACAAGGGACCUAAGGAAGAAGACCUCCGUCUCUCUCUCCCACCCAACAACCUGCUGGAGAACGGUGACCUGUCCUUGUAUAUCUACAAGACGGAGCUCAAAGACCAGGGAGUCUAUCGCUGCUUCUACAAGUCCAGGGGCUUCGAGGACCCUAAGAAUGGGAUACCAGAGGUUGUCUCUCUCACCAUCCUAGAUCCACACACUGACCUAUAUAACUUAACAGGAACAGAGAAUGUCACCAGUAGCUCAGACUUUAGUGGGACUAGUGGUGACAGUGAGAACCCAAUAACAUUCUUCACUUUGGUGACCCAAGAUAAGGAGGAUAUGCAAGUGACAUCAUCUGAGCCAAUACUAGUGCAGACAGAGAUGACACCAUCAUCACCUGACCCAACCUUCGAGGAUCCAGAAGACGUGUUGGCAGUGUGGGCAAAGACCCUUCCGCUGGUGCGUAUCGGGAUAAUCACCGGGGUUCUGCUGGUUACAGCUCUGAUCUUCUUCCCUCUGCUGGCUCUCAACAAGAUCCCAUCCUAGACCCACAUUAGGAAGAGAGGGUAGACGCAAUGGUUAGGGCAAGGUCAUUCAAUUAUGGUUCUGGAGGGCUGAAAAACAUAGUUUUCAUUCUCUUUUAAUCAGACAGACACAGAUCUGAAUCAGUCAGGUGACUCUCGGCCAAUCAAUUACAUCCAUUGAUAAUUCACUCAGGACUAGUAACUUUUUAAAGUGUAUACAGUGCAUUUGUAAAGUAUUCAGACCCCUUUGCUUUUUCCAUAUUUUUUUACGUUAGCCUUAUUCUAAAAUAUAUUACAUUCUUUUAUCAAUCUACAGACAAUAC